UUGCUGCAGCCCAAGCCAUAGCAGAAGAAAGAAGAAGCCAAAGUGGCAUUAGCCCUAUUGCAGUUCAGACCUCAAUAAAUAUAAAGACAGCAACUAAACCAGUGAUAGAUGGUUCCAUUCUAAGAACAGAAGAAAGACAAAGACUGGCCAGGGAGCGUAGAGAGGAGCGGGAAAAGCAACAAGCUGCCAAAGAGACACAAAUCCUUGAAAAGGAGAGAAAAGCAAAACUCCAGUAUGAAAAACAGCUAGAAGAAAGGCAGAGAAAGCUUAAAGAACAGAAGCAGAAAGAGGAACAACGGAGGGCAGCAGUAGAAGAAAAGAGAAAACAAAAAAUCGAGGAGGAAAAGGAGCGAUACGAAGCAGUUCUACAUCGCACCUUGGAACGGAGUCAGCGACUGGAAACACGACAGAAGAGGUGGUCCUGGGGAGGAUCUGUAACUCCAGACUCGGAGAGCAAAACAGAACAACAGACCACAGCUGACAGUGGAACCGGUGCCAGCAAGCGGUCUACUUCCACAGCAAACCUCAAGCAGGCAGAAGCUGUCAUGAGUAAACGGUUGUCAUCAUCCGCAGCGCUUUUAAAUGCCUCUGAGCAAAGUACCACAAAGAGAAGUGCCUCAUUAAACAGACUGAAUAACAAAGUUCCUCCACAUUCCCAGCAGUCAGCACUCAAAGGUUCACAGGUGGAACAGAAAGGAGGAACAGAAAAGAAGAGGAGCACAUCUUUGAAUAGAAUGAAUAGUAAACUCCAAUCCUCUCCAGAACUAGAAAAAGUGAAAAAGGAAGAAAAACCAGCUCGUCGCUCCCAGCUCAGUCCUCUGGACAGUAGCGUACUCAGUCGCCUCCUCGCCCCUACACAGGCCUCCUUAGCUAGGAGUAAAAGUGCUGCUACAUUAUCGGCUGAUGGACAGGAUCCCUCAGAAUCUCACCUCUGUCCUCGUUCAGCUUCAGCCAGUUCCAUCAGUUCCCCAGUCCCAACUCCUAAAGUGCCCGUGCGCAGUCGUAGCAUCGACAGAUUGAAGUCCUCUGUAUCUUCAUCUGAUGCAAGUUCACCAGAUUCAACCCAGAAAUCAGAGACAGACAAACCAUCUCCAGGUUCUGGUUUAAGACGCCCUCCCUCGCCCUCUGUGUCUGCCCGAAGAAGAUCCCCCUCUCCUGCUAAUCUGGUGAAGCGUCCUCCAUCACCUUCUACAGUUAGGCAGAAGACUCGCCCACCUUCCCCUGGUGUGUCAAAACAGAGGCCACCAUCUCCUAGUCCAGUCUCUAAAUCAGCACCCGUCCAACGUCCACCUCUCACGCCUGGUGUUAUGAACAUUACCAAAAAGAAAACUGAAGCAGAGAGCAAACCAAAGGAUAAGAGCACAGAAGGAACAGGACAAGAGCAAGGUGUUUCAGCAGCCGUGGACAGGGAUGUGGUAGCAGCUAGCACAAAGACCAAAGAAGAAUCAAGUAGCAAAACAGUAGCAGGGACCACCACAGCUGAAGAAGCUGCUAAAAUCUUGGCAGAGAAACGGCGUCUGGCACGGGAGCAAAGGGAGCGUGAAGACCAAGAGAGAGUUCAGAGACAGGAAGAGGAAAGAAUCAGAGAAGAAGAAACGGCCAAGAGAGCAGUUGAGGAAAAAGCACGACGGGAGGAAGAGCUCCGCAAGCAGGAGGAAGAGAAGAGGCUGGCUAAUGAGGAACAACAGAGACAAGCUGAAGAGGAGAGGAUCCGCCAAGAACAGGAAGAGCAGGAGAAACUUGCAGAGCUCCAGCACCAGAGAGAAGAAGCUGAAGCAAAAGCUCAAGAAGAGGCUGAAAGGCAAAGGCUGGAAAGAGAGAGAAUUAUGCAGCAAAAUAUGCAGGAAAGGCUUGAAAGGAAAAAGAGGAUUGAAGAAAUAAUGAGAAGAACACGAAAAUCAGAUCAAAAUGAAUCCAAGUUGCAGAAUGAAGGGAAGUCUGCCUCGGAGGCUAUGGAGGGAGAGGAUAUUGAAGAGGAGGAGGAGCUGGGUCUGGAGAAGACUGAUCAACCAGGAAAACUGAAUGGCCUUGACCUGCUCCAGGAAGUCAAGGGGGAGGCAGAGGGUUGUUUAGAGACUGCACAUAGCUUGACCUCUGCACAGUCUGAGGAGCAAGAGGUGUCCGAGGUGAAGGGCACUGAAGUGUUUAUGAAUGGAAGUGACUUGAAAAGUGAUGAGGGGUCUCUACUUGUUCCUGAACUAAAGGAUUCCAGCCAUCCUGCAAAAGAAAUGGUUAUGGAUGCCUCGGUGGAGUUGGGUGUUAACGAAGCUGAUCAUACAGUUGGACUUAUUCAGAACCUUAAUGGAAAAGCCAGUUCAUGGACUUUUGAGGAGUUUAUUGACAUUGGAGUACAUUCCAAGUCACCCAAACUGAGCUCGGACAGCAUCUCUGCUGGUAACUGUAAUCAAAACUUGAAUGAUGCUGCUACAAUACCUUCUAGUCCCAAAUUGGCUUUUGAGGAAGAUGGUGCAGUGAAUUCAUUGACCAAACCUAUAGAUGCUUCGUCAGGUAAUCCAAGCUGACUUCCCUAUCUGUCUCUUCCUCUGGCUAGGUAUUUACUUCCUUGCUUUUACUCUCCUUGCCUUAACUACAGCUUCUUAUUUUCAAGGCACUUUUUCCACUGUGUAGACUGGAGGGAAAGCUCUUUCUUUAGUGCUUGUAACUGGAACCCUGUCAAAAGGAGUCACCAACUGAUGCCUUUUUAGGGACUUGCUCUA